AUGCCUAGAAUCACCGCUCCCGUCUCAAAGCUCACUCGCUCUCUGGCCGAGUCUCAGCGCCAUGCCGGUAUCGCUCUCAUGCCCAAGUAUGCCGAGCUCCUUGGAGCUUCUUCAGAGCAGUCUCAGCACUCUGAGUCCCGUGGUCUAAAGACUACCCACCGCCCUACUCCUCAGCCAUCUCUUUCUGGUCGCCGAAGGCCAUUGAUGCAGAGCUUCCAUUCCUCAACACCUUCUCGUGCUCCUGUCAACCAUGUCGACAGCACAGUCUUGCCCAAGAUUCACGCUACCCCCAACUUCAACGAGCCUCUCCCUCGUAUGCCUCUUCUCCCUGACAACUAUGGCGCCUACCACAGCUCAAUGUCCGAUGCCGCCGACUUGUAUAGCAAGCGGCCCGUCAUCUUUGCUGUCGACCCUGAUGUCGUCGUUCCUGGUGCUCCCAUGGCUACUAUGGAUGCCGUGAACAUGGACAGCGUCGACGUCAAGUUUGUUCAUGAGCAGCCUGCUCAGGAGACAAAGCCAGACGACUCUGACAGAAGUACCUUUCUCAAAGACGUCUUCGGCGGAAUGAUCCAGGAUAUUCUUCCUGGACGCACGCUCAGCAAAAACUAA